GCUGAGAGAAUAGCGCGGCGUCAACGCGGCCAUGCUGAGGCUCCUCGGCCCGUCCCGUCGACACCGCGUCCAGAUAUCCGCGUACGUGACUUCUUUGUUUAAUUAGCGCCGAUUGGUGCAGAUGAGGACGGGCGGUCUUCUUCCUCUGCGGACCCUGAAGUCGGACGUCACGGUGCGCCAAAGCGCGGCGCCUCCCCGGGCGGGUUCGCCGUUUUUAAUCCCCCGAAGUUUUGUCACGCGCGCUUUUCACGCCAUUUAACGUCGGAUCGAUCCGACACGGACAACAGGCGGGACAGACAGGCGGGCAGACAGACAGACAGGCCUGGCUGUUGGUAUUUAUUCCCUUUGGAUUUCGCAAUCCGUUCUCCCCAAAAUGUCAUCUCAUACGAAAAGCAAGAAGGACAAAGAGAUCAUAGCCGAGUAUGAGACCCAAGUGAAAGAGAUCCGUAACCAGCUUGUGGAGCAGUUUCGUUGUCUGGAGCAGCAGUCCGAGUCGCGGCUGCAGCUGCUGCAGGACCUGCAGGACUUCUUCCGCAGAAAAGCCGAGCUCCAGCUGGAGUACUCUCGAGGCCUGGACAAGCUGGCCGAGCGCUACUCCGCCAAGAUUCGCACCUCUCGAGAGCACCAGCACUUCAAAAAAGACCAAAAUCUCCUGUCCACCGUGAACUGCUGGUAUCUGGUCCUGAAUCAGACCAGGCGUGAGAGCAGAGACCACGCCGCCCUCAGCGACAUCUACAACAACAACGUCAUUGUCCGCUUGGCGCAUGUGGGCGAAGACGUCAUCAGGCUCUUCAAAAAGAGCAAAGACAUUGGGGUGCAGAUGCACGAGGAGUUGGUGAAAGUCACCAAUGAGCUCUACACAGUGAUGAAGACGUACCAUAUGUACCACACUGAGAGUCUGAGUGCGGAGAGCAAGCUUAAGGACGCAGAGAAACAGGAAGAGAAGCAGAUAGGCAAGGCCAAUGAUAUUGGCACCGGCCUGCUGCGCCACGGUCACGAUGACCGCCCACAGCGACGGAGCUCUGUCAAGAAGAUGGAGAAAAUGAAAGAGAAGAGACAAGCCAAGUACUCUGAAAACAAGCUGAAAUGCACAAAGGCCCGGAAUGACUAUCUUUUGAAUCUGGCAGCCACCAAUGCCCUGGUGGCAAAGUACUACAUUCAUGAUGUUUCAGACUUAAUAGAUUGUUGCGACUUGGGUUAUCACGCCAGCCUGGCGCGCACUUUGAGAACCUACCUGUCUGCAGAGUAUAGUCUGGAGACCUCCCGACAUGAAGGUCUGGACCUGCUGGAGGGAGCAGUGGACGCCAUGGAUAUCCGAGGAGACAAGCUUAAGGUGAUGGACAUGCACAGCCAGAUCUUCUGCCCACCAUCUCGCUUUGACUAUCAACCACACAUGGGGGAUGAGGUGUGCCAAGUUAGUGCUCAGCAACCUGUCCAGACUGAGCUCUUGAUGCGCUACCACCAGCUUCAGUCCCGCUUGGCCACAUUGAAAAUAGAGAAUGAAGAGGUGAGGAAGACUUUGGAUGCCACCAUGCAGACUCUCCAGGACAUGCUCACAGUGGAGGACUUUGACGUUUCAGAGGCCUUCCAACACAGCCAGUCCACAGAGUCAGUUAAGUCGGCUUCCUCUGACUCCUACAUGAGCAAGGCUAACAUCGCUAAGAGAAGAGCUAACCAGCAAGAGACGGAGGGCUUCUAUUUCACAAAAUACAAAGAGUACCUGAACGGCAGCAAUCUCAUUGUCAAACUCCAAGCAAAGCAUGACCUCCUGAAGCAGACACUGGGAGAAGGGGAAAGGGCGGAUUACGGAACAACAAGGCCCCCCACGCUUCCCCCUAAACCCCAGAGAAUGCAGAAGUCUAGACCUUGCUCCGUUUUUAACCAUACGCUGUUUAACGGCAAUAUGGAGGCCUUCAUCCAGGACUCAGGGCAGGCCAUACCAGUGGUUGUUGAAAGCUGCAUUCGAUACAUCAAUCUGUAUGGUCUGCAGCAGCAGGGUAUAUUCCGGGUUCCGGGAUCCCAGGUUGAGGUCAAUGAUAUUAAGAAUUCAUUCGAAAGAGGAGAGGAUCCACUGGUGGACGACCAGAGUGAUCAUGACAUUAACUCAGUCGCCGGCGUCCUUAAGCUCUACUUCAGGGGCCUGGAGAACUCACUAUUCCCCAAGGAACGCUUUCUGGACCUCAUAUCCACCACCAAACUUGAGUCAGGAGCAGAAAGAGCCCAUCAUCUUCAACAGAUAAUUGUGACUCUCCAGCGGCCCGUGAUCAUUGUCAUGAGAUACCUGUUUGCGUUUCUCAACCAUCUUUCGCAGUACAGCGACGAGAACAUGAUGGAUCCCUAUAACCUGGCCAUCUGCUUCGGCCCCACACUGAUGCCAAUACCAGAUGACCAGGACCCUGUGGCCUGCCAGGCGCAUGUUAAUGAAGUCAUCAAGACCAUCAUCAUUCACCAUGAGGUGAUUUUUCCAAGCCACCGCGAACUGGACGGACCUGUGUAUGAGAAGUGCAUGACCGGAGGAGAAGAGUACUGUGAGAGCCCCCACAGUGAGCCAGGUGCCCUUGAUGAGGUAGACAACGGCACCGGGCCUAACACAAGCGAUGAAGAACUGGAGCAAAUCGAGGCCAUAGCUAAAUUUGACUAUGUGGGACGAAGUCCUAGAGAGCUGUCUUUCAAAAAGGGAGCCUCUCUGCUACUCUACCUGCGUGCCUCUGAGGACUGGUGGGAGGGCCGUCAUAACGGUGUUGAUGGGUUGAUCCCACAUCAGUACAUUGUAGUCCAAGACAUGGAUGACGCCUUCUCAGACAGCAUCCCUCAUAAAGCCGACAGUGAGGCCGGCGGCGGGCCCCAUAAGAAUGACGGGAGCUGCUUGUCCAGGAACGACCGCCAGUCUCCGUGCGAAUACACACCCGAGCAACGCUUUGGAGCAGCAUUGGGGAGGAUUAGAGUGCGUUCUGACGGAGCUGUGAUUCCACGGCACCGAAGUGCUGCAGACACCCACAGCCCCACCAGAGCUCCAGAUCACCCUCCCAGAGUAAUGCCUCGACCUUGCAGCCCGCACAAGAUGGCUGUCAGCAGGGGCCCAAUGGACAGCCCAGAGAAGCGGCGCCUCACCACAUUUGGCAGCGCGGGCAGCAUUAACCACCCCGACAGGAAGGCUUACGCUGACAGCCACUCGCAGAGAUCAUCACCAUGCACCACUCGGCACGCGAGUUUGGGAGACCACAAAGCGCUGGAGGCGGAGGCGCUCGCUGAGGACAUAGAGAAGACGAUGAACACAGCUCUGCACGAGCUGCGUGAGCUGGAGCGGCAGAACGUGGCCAAGCACGCCCCUGAUGUGGUUCUGGACACACUGGAGCCGCUCAAGCACCCAGGAGGAGCCCAGCAGCCCCCCGGCAGUCCCCUCCACACCAUGGUGAUCAGAGACCCGGACGCAGCGUUGCGACGAAGCAGCAGCAGCUCGUCCUCCGAGACCAUGACCACCUUCAAACCGGCCCUGUCGACACGGCGACCGAACGCACCUCUAAGGCCUCCACCCGUCAGACCCGUCCGGCCCGCACCAGUGCUUGGGCAGGGGCAGCAGGGACAAGCGCCCCACCGGUCCAGCAGCUCCAGUUCCUCUGGCCUGGGCAGCCCGGGCAUCACGCCCACCGACAGGGUGUUCCCGAAGGCACCGUCCCCGUCCCCGUCCACCUCUUCGUCCUCGUCGGACAAACAAGGAAACAUGUAGCCACAAUCAGUCAAGAGUUACCCUGCCCAAGAGCACUGUGGACACCGAUAAAUCAAGAUUACUGUCACGUCGCUGCCCCUCUUCAUGCCAGCAAACAAACCUCGUCUGUGAGAAGAAUAUUUACCACUAAUCCCGUACUCCCAGGGUAGGAAUGGUGCUGGUUUACUGGCACAAUGUUCUGCUCACGUUGACUCGUCGGUGAAACGCCACCGACAUCCUAGCACGGGGGACUUAAAUCCAUAACUGUCACUUCAGAGAAUACUUAGUACUAUGCUGCAGUUCGCAGCCAUGCUGGAUUAAACAAAAAAAAAAAGAGAAAAAAAAGGGAUGCACUGGAAAAUACUUCUGCUGUUCACUGAAGUCUUCUACAUCUCCCUGUCAUCAAACGUCUUUGCGUCGAUGCGGUUGCCCGCUGGGGACCGGGGUUCGCGCCUUGGUCUCGUCAGAUCCGACUAUGGCCGGACUCGAUGGAGCAGCAAUCAUUGGCAACGCUGUCUUCGGGAGGGGGGCGGAGUCGGCUUGUGUUCGUCACAUGAGUGUGUGUGUGUGUGUGCAGGCGCAGAUCUACGGGGUGGCAGCUGCCACCUCUGGGACACAGUCUUGCCACUCCUUUUCCACCCCAGGAGAAAAUCUCUAGAUCCGCCACUGUGUGUGUGUGUGUGUGUGUGUGUGUGUGUGUGUGUGUGUG